AUGAGUUAUAAGCCAGCUAUCAUGAGUGCUUCGCUCGGUAGAGCUUGGCUUCAUGAUUUCGAUCACAAAGUGCAAGAGGCCAGUAAAGCCGGCUUCGAAGGCAUCGAAAUUUUCUACGAAGACCUAGACUAUGUUGCUCGUAAAGCAUCCAACAACGAUUCUCCGAGCCCCAAACAGCUUCUCGACGCAGCCAGUCAUUUCUCAAAGGUCUGUCAGCAAAAUGGCCUUAACAUAAUAGGCAUGCAGCCCUUUCUCUUCUACGAGGGGCUCAAAGAUCGGGCUCAACAUGACGCCUUGAUUGAAAAAAUGAAGCUGUGGCUCCAAAUCGUCAAAAUAUUGAAAACCGAUAUCAUCCAAAUCCCGGCCAACUUCCUCCCUGCGGACCAGCUCAUCGGCAAUUUCGAUCUAAUCGCAUCCGACCUGCGGGAGCUGGCUGACCUGGGCGCAGCAGAAACGCCAGUCGUCAAGUUUGCUUACGAGAAUCUAUGCUGGAGCACCCAUGUUGAUACAUGGGAAAAUCUAUGGGAUGUUGUGAAGCGUGUCGAUCGUCCCAAUUUUGGCGUUUGUCUCGACACAUUCAACAUCGCGGGGCGAGUUUGGGCCGAUCCUGCUUCACCCACAGGGAAGACGCCAAACGCGGAUUCCGAUUUGGCUAGUUCAUUGGAACGAAUGGCUAAGGAGGUGGACAUUACCAAAGUAUUCUAUAUCCUGGUAGUGGAUGCGGAGCGUAUGUCAUCCCCUCUGGUGGCCGGGCAUCCCUUUCAUACAGAAGGCAACCCGCCUCGAAUGAAUUGGUCCCGCAAUGCGCGACUGUUCAUGUACGAAACAGAUCGGGGUGCAUACCUCCCGUCAGAGGAUGUUGCUAAAACCAUCAUAUUAGGCAUGGGAUACAAGGGGUAUGUUUCAAUGGAACUGUUCUCAAGGUCAAUGUCAGAGGAAGGGGAACACGUCCCAGGAGAGCAUGCGCAGAGAGGUAUCAAAGCUUGGAAAACUCUGGCCCGGAAACUAAAUCUCAAUUGA